AUGGCUGCGGAGCAGCGCAAACUACUUGAACAGCUCAUGGGAGCUGACCAGCUCAUUGGCACUGGCGGCUCCUCACGAAAUGCGCAGCUUUCGAUCACAGAUUCCAAAGUCUGUCGAUCAUACCUGGUCGGCACAUGUCCCCAUGACCUCUUCACGAAUACGAAACAAGACCUUGGACCAUGCCCGAAGAUUCAUAGUGAAGGAUUGAAAGCAGAAUACGAAGCUGCAUCAGGCCACGAAAAAUCGAAAUGGGGAUUUGAGUACGACUAUAUGCGCGACAUGCAAAAGUACAUCGAUGAAUGCAAUCGGAGAAUCGAUUCCGCCCAGCGUCGCUUAGAAAAGACCCCUGAUGAGAUACGGCAGACGAAUAACCUCCUUCGACAAAUCUCAGAUUUAAACAAAACCAUCAAUACUGGCCUCGAAGAGGUUGCGAUUCUGGGCGAACUGGGUUCCGUAUCGCUUGCAAUUACAGAAUUCCACAAGGCCCGGCAAGCUAAACACCAAAAGGAAAGCUACGAGAGAGAUUUAAAAGCCCUCGCUGAUACCUCUGGGCCAUCGGGGCAUCAAAAACUCCAGGUUUGCGACGUAUGCGGCGCUUAUCUUAGCCGUCUCGACAACGAUCGUCGUCUUGCGGACCAUUUCUUUGGCAAAAUGCAUUUAGGGUAUGCAAAAAUGCGGGAAACGUACAACGUCCUACAGAGAGAGCUCAAGGGGCCGCCUCCCAUGCGACAUGACGAUGGGCCAUCCAGUCGUGAUCAAGGCUAUGACGAUGGCGGCUGGGGCUCUAGAUCAGGCGGGGGCUACGGAGGAAGAUCGUACCGAGGUGGAGGCGGGGGAGGGGGUUAUGGAAGGCGAAGAGGAGGUGGUGGUUACGGGGGCAGGUGGUAA